GCUUUAUGAAUGUGCACGGGUAAGUCAGUCAGCUCCUCUAGUCAUCAGACAAAAAGCCUUUCUAUUGGUGGCCCCCAUCAGUCAGAGUCCUAAUCCAGCACACACACAUUAUAUAAAAUGUCCAUCCAAUCCCACACCACUCAGAAACAACUACUCCAACGCUCUGCGGUCUGCUUGUGUGGCUCUGAGAUACAGGACUGGACUGGAGCAUCAUGGUGUUUAUAGUGGAUCUGCUGAUGAUGCUCAUCCACUUAACCUACGCCAUCCUUACCGCCAUCAUACAGACUUUAUUCCGGCCGAGGCUGAAGUGCAUUGAUGGGGAGCUCUGCCUGAUAACAGGGGCCGGGGGCGCGCUGGGUCGGCUGUUCGCCCUGGAAUUUGCCAAAGAGGGAGCGCACCUCGUGCUGUGGGACUGCAACACGGCUGCCAACGAGCAGACCGCCAAGUUGGCGCGCGAGCUGGGCGUUCAGGUGCACGCGUACACAGUGGAUCUGUCCAAGCGUCAGAGCAUCUAUGAGAUCGCGGACAGGGUGAGAGUAGAGGUCGGGGAAGUCUCUAUACUGGUCAACAACGCAGGCGUGGUGGCCGGACGGAGGCUGCUGGACUGUCCUGACGAGCUUUUGGAAAGGACUCUGCUGGUCAACUGCCACGCGCUGUUUUGGAUGACAAAGGCCUUCCUGCCUCAGAUGAAAGCAAAGAACCAUGGUCACAUUGUAACCAUCGCCAGUACUCUUGGGCUGUUCAGCACUGCAUGUGUAGAGGACUACUGUGCCAGUAAAUUUGGAGCUGUGGGUUUCCACGAGUCCCUGACGCACGAGUUGCGAGCAGAGGACCAGUAUGGCAUCAAAACCACUUUAGUCUGCCCUUAUAUUGUAGAUACGGGGAUGUUUGCAGGCUGUGAAAUCAGGAAGGAGCUCCGGAGUCUAAUUCCACCUCUGGAGCCCCUCUACACUGUGCAGCAGUCCAUGAAAGCCAUUUUAGGCGAACAGCAAAUGAUCUGCAUUCCUCGCCUCAUGUACAUCCCCCUUCUCACACGAGCAUUGCUGCCAUGGGACGCAAAUGUAGCAACAUACCGCUUCAUGGGAGGUGACAAAUGCAUGCUACCCUUCAUCAAGAAUGUUGAACUGAAUUCCUCCAACGGCCACAGCAAAUCCUCCUAAGACCUCUCUGUCACACUGUCUUACAAGCUUGUUAAAUUAUGCAAGAGUGUGGACACUAAAUGCUUAUACUGUGCAUUCUUAAUACAUGGAUUUGUCAUCUGAAGGGAGAACCCCUGCAUGUUUAUUUCUACACUGGGCUGAAGGGUAAUUUCAUUCACAGCCAUGUUACUUUGCAUACAUGUUAUUUCUGGUUAUAAAUAACCAUAACUUGGUCUAAAGGGGAGCCUGGGAUUGCUUACAAAAAGGAAAUUCUUGAGGUUAUUCAUUAAAAA